AUGGAAAUCGUGGAGACUUCCGAGGUGAUUUCAGAGGCCGAGGUGGUGACAGGGGUCGUGGAGGCGACUUUCGAGGAGGUGAUCGUGGAGGUCGUGGCAGAGGUGGUGGUGAUUUCCGCGGCCGCGGUGAUUUUCGUGGUAGGGGUGAUUUCCGCGGCGGCCGUGGUGGAGGGCGUGGAGGUGGGCGAAGCUAUCCCACCACCUAAUGCCACCGUUACCAAGACCGAAAAUGACCUCGCCAAAGCUCUUGCUGUGAGCGGCCAGAAGACCCCCAGGCAGGCAAAAUAUCCCGAGCGUCCUGGUUACGGCACAGCUGGCAGAGCGGUGACUUUGUAUGCGAACUACCUGCCGCUCACCCUGCCUAGCAAGCAGCUGUUCCGCUACCAUAUUGCCAUUGCAGCCGACUCUGCAGGCCGAGCUGCCCCUGUGGGCAAGAAGGCCCGACACAUUGUGCGUCUGCUGUUGGAGGAGCAUUUCCCACAACAGAAGAACAGCAUUGCGUCGGACUUCCGGUCUACCCUAGUCUCGUGCGUCAAAUUGACCGAGGGUAAAUUCGAUGUGCGAUACAAGGAGCACAUGGAUGAUGACUACCUGGAUCCUCCCCGGGUGCACCAGGUUACCUGCCAGUAUACUGGUGAGGUCAAUCCUGCUGACUUGGUCAACUACCUGACCUCCACCAACGCCGGUGCCAUGCUUGAAUCCAAGUCUGAGAUUGUGGCUGCUCUCAACAUGAUCAUGGGUCACCACCCCAAGACGGACGACCAGGUCGUCUCUGUCGGAGCCAACAGACACUACAGUCUGCGUCAGGAUACCAUGGAAUCGUUCAAUCUUGGCGGUGGUCUAUCCGUCCUGCGUGGAUUCUUUGUCAGUGUGCGUGCCGCGACUGCUCGUGUGCUCUUGAACGUCCAGGUCAAAUAUUUGGCCUGUUACAACGAAGGACCUUUGGUGAACGUGAUCCAAGGCUAUGGCAAUAGGAACACUUAUCGUUUGGAAAAGUUCCUCAAGAGCCUCCGCGUUCGCAUCACCCAUAUCACCCGCAAAAACAGUCGCGGCCAGCCCCGGCCCCGCAUCAAGCCUAUCUAUGGCCUGGCCAACCGCGGUGAUGGUGGCUCUUCGCCCAACGCACCAAAGGUUCCCCGCCACGGCGCUGGUCCCCAAGAUGUGCAAUUCUUCCUGGCUGAAUCUACCCCUCAGCCUGUCGCCGUGCCUAAUGGGCCCGAGCCCAAGGCUAAGAAGGGAAAGAAAGCGCCCAGGGCCGGUCCUGCGGAAGCCGGUCGCUACAUCACCGUUGCGGACUUCUUCAAAAAGGAGUACAACAUGGCGCUGAAUGCAAACCUCCCAGUGGUGAAUGUCGGGUCUCGUGACAGACCUGUCUAUCUCCCCGUUGAGGUCUGCGAAGUCGAGCCUGGCCAACCAGCCAAAUCCAAGCUUUCUGGCGAUCAGACGGCCAGUAUGCUCCGCUUCGCCGUUAUGGGUCGAAAGCCGGGUCAGAACGCCCAGUCGAUUGUCAUCAAGGGCGUGGGUGUGCUGGGGCUAGGCGAGCCUUUGAAUGCCACACUAUCUGCUUUCGGUGUUAACUCUUCCACUGAGCUGAUCACGGUUCCUGGACGCGUUCUCCCCGCCCCAAAUGUCACCUAUAAAGACGGAAACAGGAUCAAGGAAAUCAGGACUCAAUUUGGCAGCUGGAACAUGCGCCAGAUCCAGUUCUCCAAGGCGGCAACCAUGGAAUCCUGGACUUAUCUCUAUAUUGAUCAAGAGGGCUCCCGGCCAGUUUUCCAAAGCCCAGAUCAGCUCAAUGCGUCUCUGGUAGGACUCAGAAAGACUCUCACGGAUAUGGGAAUGGUUGUGGCCCCCCACAAGGAAGGCAAACGUGUUGUCCUGACCGGCAAGAACGACGCCUACGAGCUCGAGCAAGCCGUCCUCGAUCUACAAAACCAGCACAACCCAAUCUUCAUUCUGGGUAUACUCUACACUAAAGACACUGGCAUAUACAACUGCGUCAAGCAAGUCUGCGACGUUCGCUGCGGAGUCCGCAACGUGAAUGUCCUCGCAGAGAAGCUCGCCAACUCCAACGACCAGUACAAUGCCAAUGUGGGCCUGAAAAUCAACCUCAAAUUAGGCGGUGCCAACCAAGCCCUCCGCAACAAGGACCUCGGCAUAAUCGCCGAAGGCAAAACAAUGCUAGUCGGCAUCGACGUAACCCACCCGUCGCCAGGGUCCGCCAGCACAGCCCCCAGUGUGGCAGGCAUCGUCGCCUCGGUCGACGCAACGCUCGCGCAGUGGCCCGCCGAGAUCCGCGUCCAAGGCGCCCGCCAAGAAAUGGUCGCCGACCUAGAAACCCUCCUCGCCUCGCGUCUCCAGCACUGGCGCAAACUAAACAAAUCUCUCCCGGAGAACAUCAUCGUCUACCGCGACGGCGUCUCAGAAGGCCAAUACAACAAGGUCAUCGACGAGGAACUCCCGCUUCUCCAAGAAGCAUGCAAGAAAACCUACCCAGCAGACCAGACAAAGAAAGGCCUCCCGCGCCUGGCCAUCGUCGUCGUCGGAAAGCGCCACAACACCCGCUUCUAUCCAACUACAGAGCAGGACUCGAACCGCGAGAACCCAAUCCCCGGCACAGUCGUCGACCGCGGCGUCUCCGAGGCCCGUGACUGGGACUUCUUCUUGCAAGCUCACUCCGCCCUCCAGGGCACUGCCCGUCCUGCUCACUACUUCACCGUCUGGGACGAGAUCUUCUACCCCCGCUACCCGGCUAACAGCUCCGGCCCCGGCGCGGCUGAUGUCCUCCAGGACCUCACGCACAAGAUGUGCUACAUGUUCGGUCGUGCGACGAAGGCGGUUAGUGUCUGUCCGCCGGCGUACUAUGCCGAUCUGGUUUGUACACGUGCUCGCUGCUUCUUGAGUGAUCUGUUCGAUCCUAUGCCCGUUGAUGCUUCUGGUGGUAGUACCAGUGGCACGGACGGCGUGGCGGAUAUCGAAACGCGUGAUGUUAAGAUCCAUCCUAAUAUUGCCGAGACUAUGUUCUACAUCUAA